GUUAAUCGUUCUUCUCGUAGAACAACAGCAAAAAUGGCGCUAUUUAAUGCAAGGGUAUUUUCUCGUGUCUCUCGUUAUCGUUGCGUACUGAGCAUGGCCUCAAGGGCUUGCCUUUCUACUACGCAAAGCGAGGACCUCUUGAUAAACAAGGAGAAGUAUUCUUUUAUAAAAGAUCUUGGCCUCAAAGCUGACAAUGAUGGCGUCUUUAAUGGAAGUUGGGGAGCAACUGGCGAGGUCAUUGCCUCCUAUUGCCCGUCAAAUAAUCAGCCUAUCGCUCGAGUUCGACAGGGAUCUCUAGAGGAUUACAACAACUGCGUAAAGACUGCUAAAGAAGCUUGGAAAGAAUGGGCCUUGGUUACUGCACCAAAACGAGGAGAAAUUGUUAGACAAAUUGGUCAGGCUCUCAGAGACAAUAUCAAUCCUCUUGGCAAGCUGCUUACCCUUGAAGUUGGUAAAAUCUUACCAGAAGCUGUCGGAGAGAUCCAAGAGUACGUUGAUAUCUGUGAUUUUGCUGUAGGAUUGUCGAGGAUGGUUGGAGGGAAAGUCUUGCCAUCAGAGCGUCCUGGCCAUGCAUUAUUGGAGCAAUGGAACCCUCUUGGCUUGACUGGAAUCAUCACAGCCUUCAAUUUCCCUGUCGCUGUAUAUGGUUGGAAUAGUGCUAUCAGUAUGGUCUGCGGCAAUGUUAAUCUAUGGAAAGGAGGUCCAACUACACCACUGAUAAGUAUUGCUGUCACCAAAAUCAUUCAGUCUGUCUUGGAAGCAAAUAAGAUACCAGGAGAGGUUUGUUCCAUGAUUUGUGGAGGAGCUGAUAUUGGACAAGCAAUGAGUGAAGAUGAACGAGUUGACUUGGUCUCAUUCACUGGAAGCAUACCAGUUGGACGGAAAGUUGGAACCACCGUUCAGCAACGAUUUGGGAAAAAAAUCUUGGAACUUGGUGGAAACAAUGCAAUCAUAGUUAUGGAUGACGCAGAUUUAAACCUUGUUGUACCAUCUGUCCUGUUUGCUUGUGUUGGUACAGCAGGUCAAAGGUGUACCACUACAAGAAGACUGAUUCUCCAUGAAAAGAUUUAUGAUACAGUCGUUGAGAAGCUAAAGAAGGCGUAUGGUCAAGUCAAAUAUGGUGAUCCUUUGGAAGAGGGUGUUAUUUAUGGCCCACUUCACUCUCAAGCGGCAGUCGAUAUUUACAACAAGGCAAUAGAAGGGGCUAAAUCCCAGGGUGGAACCAUAGAGUGCGGAGGAAAGGUCAUCGAUGCACCUGGUUUUUAUGUCGAACCAACAAUAGUAUCUGGACUUCAAAUCGAUUCUGAAGCUGUCCAAACAGAGGCUUUUUGCCCGAUAGUUUAUGUCUUAAAAUGCAAGAGCUUUGAGGAUGCAGUAGCAAUGAAUAAUGGUGUCAAACAGGGUCUCUCAAGCAGCAUAUUCACCACAAAUUUUGCAAAGGUCUUUGAAUGGAUGAG